AGGUGCCAACGGCCAUGCUCUCGUAGUUAUGAGGGACGAAACAAUGAGGACGUAGGAGGCAAGAGGACAGAAGACGUCUUGUUGAAAGAAGGUGAGACAUAGUUCAGAGAAGAAGAUGAAAGAAAGGUGGUCCUCAAGAGAGUAAGAUGGAUGCCUGUCAUGCGCUGAAGGGGACCCACUGACUGGCUGUGAAGAAGCACCAGUGUUGAGGGCUGCUGUUGAAACAGCAAUGUCGUCCUUGAGGCUUCCGAGACAGGGGGGAGGAGUUACAAACGCCAAGCGAGUAACUCUCGAUUCAUUCGAAAAGAUUACCAGUGAGGAUGCGAAGCAAUCGCACAAGGGCAAGGAAACCUUGAACGUGAAUGAUAUCCCCUCGCCGACUCAACGAUCAGCUAGACCUAAGACUGCCAUGCCCCGUAAGCUCGACCACUUUGGAAUAUUCAACACCAGCACCUCACGUCCCGAUCCUCCAUGCGAGAGAAGCAGCGAGCGAGAGGAAUUUACGAACCCGCCUCCUGUACGAUCAUCGCCAACUGCCGAGCAGCAAUCGUCCUCCCGACGGAUGGUCACGACUCCAAGAAGCACAGAGAGGACUCAAGUUCGUCCCAUGUCUGCUCCAUCAUCCAUCAAGCGAGCUCAGCAUGGAGUUUCUGCUGUUGCUGAUGGCUUGGUCGGCAAGUCAGUUUUGCGACCUGGCACCAGCGAAAGCUCUCAGCUACAAAGCAGGUUGUCGAAGUUCCAGUCUGUCUUCCAAAACAAGAACGCAGCAAAAUUCUCGUUAAUGAGCAAAGCUUUUCGAAGUGUGGAUGCAGAUAAAAACGGCAUCCUUGGGAGAAAUGAGAUCGUUCACAUGAUGCAGUCGCUUGACAUACCCGCGGAAGAAAAAGUUGUCGACCGUUUGAUGUCAAAGUGCUCGUCAAGUGUUGGAAUGACGUUGCAAGAUUUCCGUAAACUCUUGUGGGUGGAUGAGACGGUGGGAUGCUACAUAGACGAUCGGUUGAACAAAAGAGAAGACGCCCGAGGUGACAACGAAAAUCAAAAAUACUUGUGGACACCUGCUGUGAGCGUCGGGAAAUAUAUUGGAAGUAUCAACGACACAUUGGAGGCUGACAAGAGGGAUGAGGGACACAAUCAUCCCAGGAUUGACUUUAACUUCUCAUCGGUUCGAUAUGAUAUUCUUUCAUUCAAUCAGCAAAAAGGAGAUGAGAAUGCCAUCAUAAAGCUACCUGUGAAGAAACGACCUGCUCUGUUCGAGAAUCCGAUUCCCUUCGGACGAAGGGUGGCAUAUGACAGAGGAGACACGCCUUGGAAUCUCAUCUCUCUCAAGCUUAAACCCGACCCAUCAUCGCCCUCACAUGCGGAGAAGAACGACAGUUACAUUCAAGCUCCUAUUCGAUUAUUUACCUUUGCGAGAAUCCAAAAAGGAGAAUUUCCCACGCAGAAUGGACUAAAGCUCACCAGCACAACCUACUAGGCCAUCCCUGAAAUUGGUACCAGGUAGAGUCUAGGCCAUGACUUAAUCUUACCGCUCAGUAAGAAGAAUAAAUAACACAUUAUUGAUUG